UAAACUUACAGAAAUAUACUCCUUAAGUAUAACAAUUUUAUCUUCCGGGAAAAAAUAGUUUGCAAGAUGGCUGCGCCUGCUCACGGAGGAAAAGAGGAAAGACAGCUUCAAACUUCAAUUGAUAUUCUUGUUCAGAGAGUCGCCGAACUAAGAAAUAAGAUAGAAGGUCUAAUUUUACGAUUAGAAAGAGAACCACCAGAAAGCUUGAAUUGGCCGUCAUUCUUGGACAAUUUUGCAAUCAUCUCUAGUCAAAUUAACACCUUAACAAGAUUUAUCAAGAAUGAAAAGACUAUUCAAUUGAAAAGUUACGAACUAUUGCCUCUUUCGUUGAACCCAAAUAUUGAUGAGAAUUUAAGAAAAUUAACAAACGGACGUGUGCAUACAUUCAAUCACGAAUUAGUUCCAGAUUACCUGCGUACAAAGCCAGAGCCUGAAGUGGAGGAGAGAGGAAAUACUUUAACAGCCAAAGCAAUAACUAUUAAUACAGACGUUGUCAAUAAACAGAUGGCGUCCUUAAACAAUGCUGUCCAUAAAAUAGCUGAAUUGAUUGAACACGAAAGAGAAAGAUUCGAAGCAGACAUAAACCAGAGAACACAAACAGCUCAGUCCUACCGACAAAAAGAUACUGAAGAAUUAGUUGCAAGUAUAAUGUACGGUAAAGGAAUAUCCGCAAAUCGUGCUGUCUCACAAGUUACACAACCCCCCCAAGUAUCUCAGCCGCAAACUAUGCAAAAUCAAAUACCAAAUCCUUCAAAUGCACACAUGUACCAACAAAAGGCUAUCAAAACGAAUAUUAGAGGAAGUAAUCCUUACAAUCGCCCUCAAUAA